AAAAAAAAUGAAAAUUUACAAUCAUUGAAUCAAAAUCUUCUUAAUUACAUUGAUAUCCUUGAGAGCAAUGAGAAUGCCUCUAAUAAAGGAAAGGACAUUUCAGAAGUUAAAAAGAAGUCAAGAACACUGAAUAUAUUUUUAACAAGGGCUCAAAAUGCCUUAUGGUUUUCCAAGGCAAUUGGCCUGGAAUUGCAAAGCGUGACUGUUAUUGAAACAGAGACAGGCAAAUUGCACAUUAUAGGAACAGAACAGGCUCAACACCCCUCAGGUGUAACUUCAAACGAUGAACAACAAAGUCGUGGAUUUGAAGCCAUUCCAGAUCAGGAAAAAGCAAAUGUGGAGAGAAUUCUUUUUCUUUUAGGUAAGUGUUCCGUUGGAGAUUGUUUCUAUCAUGAGCUCACCAUGGUCAUUGAUGGCUUGCCAAAGGCCUACCUGGUAAAACAGAGGAGGCACCAGCUGAAUAAAAUUUGCCAUGUCACACCUACUCCUGGUGUAGCAGAUGGAGCACAAACCUCAUGUAAUGACCUCCUCACUGAAAGGAUAAGAGACCAUUUGGCAAGCAACCCUGAUGACUAUGACAGAACUAUGAAGAUCAAAAAAACCGGAGAGGGUGCAAGGAUGACUAGAAAUUCCAGCUUUAUUUUGCUGAGUUUUGCACUUUUGCAAGCAGCGGAUGAUGUCAUGGCAGCAAAAGGAAAUCAUACCAUUGCAGUUGUGAAAGGGAAGGAAGAUUACACAACACUGCAAGCAAGUUUUGCUGAUAUUUUCCUUUCCAUAAAUAAUUUAAUUAAAACAAAACAAAUCAUUGUAGAUAGUAAAACAGUAAUGUUUUGGGGGGGAAUUGUAAAUUUAUUUUGCUAAUGAUGGGUUUGAAGGGGGCUACAUCACAUUAUGCAUGUGUAUGGUGCAAGGUCCACAAGGAUAGCCGCUGGAAGAUGGACCUUUGAUUUUAGUUACUAUCAAUCCUCAGAUUUAAAAAAGAACCUUAAACGAAAUGAAUGAACUAGCACAGAAAAAAAGUGCAAAAGAAAAAUACUGUUGUGAACACAAGCCUUUAGUUAAGAUAGAAUUGGAUCAUGUAAUACUAGAUGAACUUCAUUUAUUACUCAGGAUACUUGAUGUUUUAAUAUAAAACUUAAUUAGGGAUGCUUUACAAUGGGAUCAAAAAGAUAAUUGGAACAAAAAACGGGGAGCCCAGAAAAAUACACAUUUAAAUGAGCUUCAUAAAGCAAUUAGAUCCUGUAGGAUCUCCUUUGAAAUUUGAGAAAAAACAAAUGCUGAUGGCAAGGGUUCGGGACAAUAUGACUGCACAAGCCUUUUGGGCUCCGACAAAAAAAAAUUACUGAAAGAUCUACCCAGCAAGCUCCCUGGUGUUAUCCAGUCAGACUGUGAACACUAUCCAAAAACUUUGGCAGGACUUUGGUGCUCUCUAUUCCAUUGUUGCCAGCAGAGAACUAUCAGACGAAGAUAUGACUGGUUAUUUUGAAAGAGCCAAGGGUUGGGUAAAUUUAUUCACAUCACUGCGAGAUGAAAGGAUUGGGUACAAGAGGGCAAAUGUGACCCCAUACAUGCAUGCCAUGGUCUACCAUAUUCCAACCUUUUUUGAAAAAUAUAGAACAAUAAAACUCUUCACAGGGCAGGGGGUUGAAAAGGACAACGGUAUGGCUAGGAGCAUUGUCUUACAUAAGUCUGACAAAUAGAAUGCUCCAACAGAUGUUUUACGACUUGAAUCAAGGCAAUGGGCGUUAAGGGAGCGAGAAAGGUCUAAAAGGCCAUAUUCCAAGAAAAAUGCAACAUACUGGGAACAGGAACUGGGGGAGGAUAGGAGAAAUAAGAGGCACAAAUCUAAUUAA